AUGCUAUCUUCCAUAAUGCAGUAUGUCACUAUGAAAAAAAGAAACCUGGAGGCAACAACGGAAUCGGAGGAUUCACAUGAAAGGUUGCUAGGAGAUAAAUCUAAUGCCACCGGGUUCAUACCAAUGUUACCAAUGCAUAAUGAUACUAUACUUUUUCUAAAGGGCCAGGCAGAAAUGAUACUCCAUAAAUCAUUACCUCAACUGGUUGACUCGCAUGAGAAGUACAUAAAGUCAGGAAAUAACCUUUUGGAUGUAACUAGAAAAGAAAUAAUAAGGAUGUUAGGAGAGUUAAGUAGAACUUAUGAUGCCUUAGGAGAAAUCUACCAAUCGGAAAAAAAGUCCAAGUUGGAAAAGUACGACAUGUUUCUUGUUUGGAUAAAGAGAAAACAUGAUAUUAAUCAAGAUAUAAAUGAGAUAAUUGAUAGUUCACCUGAAGGAGAAACCUAUAGUUCCUUACUCAAAGAGUCGAAAGAGCUCUCUUAUGAAAUCGAUCGUAUGGAAAGGGAGUUACUGCAUUUAAGAAAGAAGAGGAAGUUAGUGAACCAGCAGUUGCUGGAGACAAAAUCUCUCCUUGAUAUUAAAUUAAACAAACACUAUAAUGAACUUGAAACACUGGAACAGAAGGAAGUGUUGGAAAUAUCUUUUCUUUAUAAAGAAAAGCUGCUGGUAUCGAAGGACAUGUCCGAUGUAGAGGUCUUUAAAAAAUUGAAAACACAAAUAACUUCUCUGGAUACCUUGAUUUCAAAAACAGCAGACACACAAUUAAUGUUCGACCAAGCAGAAGCAUAUUUUACUGAUAUUUUUGAAGUUAUAAAAAAGAUGGAGAAUUCAAUUCAAACUUUUAUUAACGAAUCUAAGUUGGAUAAUAUUGGUCAUGUACUAUCAACAAAUCGUGACUACUUGAUUGAGAGAUAUGCUGCUAUUGUAAAGAUAGAAAUGCCAGGGAUAGCGAUAAUCAUGAAGAAUGAAAUCAAGGCAAUUGAAAAGGCAAUGUCUAUUCUUAACAUUAAUUUUGUAGCAUAUAACUUUGACAGCUCUUCCAAGGAUUUUGCCCUUUCACAAUUGAAGUUAUCAGAAGAUAGUACAGAACAUUACCCGUCCAUUCCGGCUAGUAAUACUCCACCUUCUGAUUCCAACAAAAGGUUCAAUAGCACGUCAAAGAGUAAAACUCUGGCAGGUUCGCCCCCACCCGUUAUAACUGCCGCUACUACAACAACUACAACAACUACUGCCACUACAACUGCAGCUUCAAAACCUAGUAAGUCCAACCUGAACAUAAUGGGGUUCAAAUCGGCAAAAGUCAACAAAUAUAAUCAAUUAUUAAACGAAAUCAAAAGUUCCAAAGGUGAAAAAACUGACUGA